AUGUGCUUUAGUGCGACUUGCCCAACAUGCUCGAAGAAGUCGUGGCGUGGGUGCGGCAAUCACGUUCAACAAGCCUUCGACGGAGUGCCACAGGCUGAAUGGUGUACUUGUACUCCCAAAACCAAGAUCGGCAGUAAGGAAUAUCCUCCUGUGGCUCCCAUGCAGAUUCCGGGCCUGAGUUGGAUUUCUGGCAUGCUUGGGGGAGGUAAUCAUCAGAAACCUGGCGGUGAUAAGAAGCCGGAGCUAUGA